CUCGUGAUGUUCGCGAGCGUUCACUCUCGUUGUUCCAAACGCGCUAAUCUGACAACCGAGUGGAUCCAGCAUUACACCCACUCCACGCAUAUGCACGCUAUUUAUAGAGUUUAUAGCUUGUUUUUUUUUAUUCAGGUCAUCCUCGCACUCAGCGCAGCGCAGACACUGUGAACGGGCUCUGCUCCCAAUGUUUACUUCUCCAGCAUGUCUCUUCCAGACUGGAAAAAGUAACGCUUUGGUUUAUUGAAGAUAUUUUUAUGAUGAGUAGAUUGGAAAGCCACUAUGUUUGUACGGCUAAUGCACUAUAGCUUACAGUAGUUAGGACAUCUUCCUCUCUUGUUGUCGACAAUUGUAGAUCAUCUCGUGCUCCAUGAUGGCGAUGUUUCGGAGCUUUGUCUCGGCGAGCACCCAGCUCCGCCAGCAGCAGCAGCCGCAGCAGCAGCCGCCCAGCAGCGGCUCCGGCUCGCAGGCAGCCCCGGCGGAGGGCAUCGAGAGCCAGUUCUCUUGUCCCAUCUGCCUGGAGGUCUACCAUAAACCCGUCAGCAUCGCCAGCUGUGCUCACACGUUCUGUGGGGAGUGUCUACAGCCAUGUCUUCAGGUGACCUCGCCCCUCUGCCCUCUCUGUCGUGUGCCCUUUGACCCCAAGAAAGUGGAGCGCUCCUCCAGUGUGGAGAAGCAGCUGGCCUCAUACAAAGCACCCUGCAGGGGCUGUAACAAGAAGGUGGCUCUGGUAAAGAUGAGGUCCCACAUUGCUUCCUGUUCUAAAGUACAGGAGCAGAUAGCCAACUGUCCUAAGUUUGUCCCUGUGGUCCCCACCUCCCAACCUAUACCAAGCAAUAUUCCAAACCGGUCAACAUUUGCGUGUCCGUUCUGUGGGGCCAGAAACCUGGACCAGCAGGAGCUGGUGAAGCACUGUAUGGACAGCCACCGCAAUGACCCUAAUAAAGUGGUGUGUCCGGUGUGUUCAGCCAUGCCGUGGGGAGACCCCAGCUAUAAGAGCUCCAACUUCCUCCAGCAUCUCCUCCACAGACACAAGUUCUCUUAUGACACCUUUGUUGACUACAGCAUUGAUGAAGAAGCAGCCCUGCAGGCAGCUCUGGCACUGUCGCUGGCUGAAAACUGACAACAAUCACACCACAACCAUCUUCUCACCGUGAGAACCAACUCAACCAUGACUGCUGCCACUCUCGUCCCUCUGCACUGCUGCUGUUCCUCACGUCUCAGAAGAUAUCAUCCAGCCGACAGACACAGCUGACCCCGCCAGGUUCACACAGUCUCUACUGAAAGCCACAUCGCAGAGAAGUCCAGCCAUGUUUUGGAUUUGGUGAUAAGCUUACUUUUUUUUUUUCUUUCCUCGGGUAGCGGGACAGUCAGUUUGCUACGCUACAGAACAAAAGCAGUUGGGACGUGUCUUUACUGCUUCAUUUGAUUUGAAGAUAAAAAUUCUGUGGGCUUGGAAUAGAUCCAGUGGGCAGGUUUGUAGUCGAGACCACCUAAACCGAGACCAAGUCAUCGCCAAGACCAGAGUGUAUCGAGACCAAGACAAGACCGAGACCAAGGCCGGAUGAGACCGAGUCAAGACCAAGACGAGAUUUGUGUUAGACAGCCAGAGCUUCUUCUCCUGUCUCCCACAUUCACUUUCUUGGGAGUGUGUGUAAAGAGGGCAGGGAGAGGGGGGUUUACGGUAACCAAUUUCAAAUUAGAUAUAAGUCAAGUUAUUGGUUGCAUUCGCAAGUUUUAACACAUAGGUUUAAAUCAGACAAUGCACAGGCAACUUAGCGAAAUCCCAGCAGUUGUGGUCUUGACCGGUCUUGAAAUAAAAUCCCGAGUCCUCUUUGUCCGAGAUCGGUCUUGAGACCAAGACUGAUCUCGAGUACUACAACACUGCCAGUGGGUGUUUAACAUAAACUACGUUAAAAUACCAAUUUACAGCUUGGAAACAGUCCGUCCACUCACAUCUUCAGAUCAUCUGGACCACCACAGCAUGAAGGGCUACCUCCAUUAAACAAAUGUCUUGUAUGUGAGUGUGAAACAUCCUGAAGCCUGCUGACUCUUAAACCCUCGUCAGUGGCCACUAGUCACUUGUUAGGAGUUCCUUAUUGCUGGUACUCACUGUGAAUAACUUAUUCUACAGAUUGGUCUGCAUUGUGCAAGUUUGAACAGGCACUUUUUUGAUGAGUUAACAUACAGUAGCUAGCACACAAGGGCUAAUUAGGAAGUAUUUUGCAAAGGUACAACAAUUAAUAAAAUACAAUGAAUAAAUAGCUAGUCUAGUCAUCUCCCCAAAUGGAGGCAACUGCUUCAGAGUUGGUGUGUUGUAUUUUGCACUUAACAGACAAAACAAAAUAAUCGGAGUCAGAAACGCAGGUUUGUUGACCAUAUACACAACAGAAGAGCUCAUCCUGUUGCUUAGCUCUGUAAGUUCAAGACUGAGCUGCUCAAAGUGUGGUUGCACGGCAACACCUGCAACGGUACUGCCCAUGGCAUCUUCUAAUGGUCAUGGUCAGUUGUUUAGGGCAGUGGUUCUCAACCUUUGGGACCCCCAAAAGGGUCGCAAGAAAAUUUCUGGGGGUCGCAAGAUAGUUGAAAAAAAAAAAAAAAAAUGAAAUAACCUUCUAGACUGGGGAAUGUUUUUUACAUUUCUGUGUGAGUUUAGUCCCUGGAACACAGAAAAGGGUCUGAAGGUGGGUCAGGGUAGAGAAGAAGAACACCAACUUCAUUAUAUUGAGGGGUCGUGACUCUGAAAGGUUGAGAACCACUGGGUUAGAGGACGGUGCCAGAACAUCGUGCAUGGAGAGGCUAAAAGUCCAUGGAUUUUUGAAUGCAUCAUGCUCCUCCCAUUAUCUGGCCUUCUAGUUUCACUGCGGUAACCUGGGUGUUUGUGCUGCUGCACACUGCCACGCUGGCUCCCUCGAACUUCAUGCGGGUGUUAUGAAUAUUCCGCCUAACAACACAGUAGCACAGACUGACAGUUGUCCCAUUAAUACAAUGUUGUGUAGCAACAACAGAUUGUAUUUCACUAGGGAUGUAGCGAUGCAUCGUGAAUCGGUUAAAAAUCAAUAUAUAUAUUUAGUUUUUUUUGGGCAUGUUUUUAGGCCUUUAUUUUUAUAGGACAUGCAGCAAAGGGCCGCAGGUCGGAGUCGAAGGCCGCUGUGCUGAGGAGUAUAUGCAUGGGCAUAAGUAUAUGGGCGCGCGCUCUACCAGGUGAGCUACCCAGGCGCUCAAAAUCAAUAUAAAUUUGUAAAAAUUACAACCGGCUGAGAUAAAAAAAAAUUAACUGCGAUGCAAUUUUUAAACGGCCUAGGGCGUGAUCUACUUUUGAUUUCACUUCUUUGACUCCAGAUGUCACUACGUCUUCUUAGUUUAUGUAUUUGAAGAUAUUUUGUUUCUAUUUAUUUAGUUAUUUUGAUGUGGGAUUUGUUUUAGAUAUCUCAUACCGGUAGUAAUUUUUUGUUGUUUAGGAUAAAAUACUAUUUCAGUUGCGCUUUUGAUAAGAGGACACAUCUGUUUUGCUCAGUUUAUAUAAAUAAAGGAAUAUUUUUCACUCAUUUGUCUGCAGCUCAUUCAGUAAAAAACGGCGACGAAAUCCUAAACUUAAAAUCGUGAUUUGUAUCAAAUCGUGAGUUGAGUGCAUCGUUACAUCCCUACAUGUUAUUAUAUGAGACAUUUGAUCAAUGGAUUGACGUCUAAACAUACUGACAGAAAGAUCCUAGCGGUAUUUUGAAAGAGAUCUUAAUAGAGUAAGCUCCGUGUUCAGUUACUAAACCCUGCCAUAUGAACAGGAAUAUAUUAUUCAGGGCUUUGAAUUCUUAUAAGUUAGAGAUUUUAUAUUUCAAUAUAUUUUAUCUUAUUUUAUUGUUAUUUUAUAUGCACACACAAAUGGAACUUGUUAAAUAAACCACUUAAGAAACAAAAUACACAUUUCUAAGAUGAUGGACUGAAAUAACUGUCAGCUGGAGGUAUGAGUUUGUCUGGAGGCUGAUGGAUCUCAGUGAUGAACUCAAAUGUUAAACUGUGUUGAGGUUUAUGAUAUCGGUAGCUCAGAUGGCUGGCAGAGGGACGGCCCCAACUAGCUCACUAUUUUUUAAUGAGCUCAACCUUUUCAGUCCCAUUACUGCCAGCUUUGCACAUUCUGCUGCACCACACCACUGUGAAACUAAAGGCCCCCGUCCCACAGCCGUCUUUCUCGCUCCCUCCCUCUCCAAAAUAACCUUUAUUUUAUGUUUGCUACUGCAUUAAAAAAAAAAAAAAAAAACAAGUCAAUUACAAAAGAGCAUCAGCAUAAUAUUUCCAUAAAUAUUUAGGGCAGGCUUGAGCCCAAUUUAUACUUUCCACAUCCAUGAGAUGUGUCUUCUGCCCACGUCCAUGCCCAUGACAAACAUACACAU